AUGCCCAAAUACUCGCUCGAUAUCCACUACAACAGUCCCAAGUACUAUGAAGAAUAUGACCCUAAUGUAGAGUCUCUCGUCAAAUACAGGUUCGGUGAAAAGGGCGCUUCGGACUUUGAACCCUUCGAUAAAAGCUCAGAAGGAUUUCAUUAUGCCCACAGAACCUCGUUUUCGGCGCCGGCCAAUGUCUCGUUGGAGGAGCUGCGGAAAGUGGAAUUGGGAUAUGCAUGUCAAUGCCGCGGAGAGCAUGAAUCCUUCAAUUCAACACAACUCGAUGCAAUGGAAACCAAUUCCUGGAUCCUGGACGGCCAGAAUGGCAUCGAAAGUCUGAAGAGAACCGACAAUCGCAAACUCUCCACAUUGGGCGAUCAUGACGUCCUCGUGCAGAUGCAUGCUGCGGCGUUGAAUCAUCGCGAUGUUGCUAUUGCCAAGGCAUUGCUUGGUCUCUCCCUCGAAAAGCCAGUAAUCCCCACCUCCGACGGCUCCGGCACAAUCCACGCAACCGGCGCAAAAGUAAACACCUUCCAACCCGGCGAUAAAGUAUGCACGCAUCUCCUCCCGAGAAAACCGUAUGCCGAGCCCGCCACCUUCCCCGAGAUCUUGACCGGUCUGGGCCAUGGUACUGACGGCGCAUUGUGCACGUACGGAAUCUUCCAUGAAACGGCUCUCGUGCGCAUGCCGGAGGGAUUAUCGUUCGUCGAGGCGAGUACGUUGCCGUGCGCGGGGUUGACGGCUUGGAAUGCGUUAUUUGGAUUACGGGGUUUGACGGGGGUCAAGGAGGGGGAUGUUGUGCUUGUGCAGGGGACCGGGGGUGUUUCUGUUCUUGCGAUGCAGUUUGCGCUAGCGGCUGGAGCGACUGUUAUCGCGACGACGAGCAGUGAAGGUAAAGCGCAGAAACUCACUUCUCUGGGUGCGCACCACGUUCUUAACUACAGGAUGGACCCAAACUGGGGCGAGACUGCGAAACAACUCACGCCCGACGGGAAAGGCGUGCAUGUCGUUGUUGAUGUUGGCGGUUUGGAGACGAUUGGUCAGUCACUCAAGGCCGUGCGGCCGGAAGGAUUAAUUUCUGUGACUGGGUUGCUGGGUGACUCACCCGAUGCAGCGCAGACUGCUACGUUGCUGGGGUGCUUGGUGAAUGCUUGCGUUGCGAGGGGUGUUGUGCUGGGAACUAGGGAGCAGUUCGAGGAGAUGAAUCGGUUUGUCGAAGAGAAGGGGGUGAGGCCGGUUGUUGAUGAGAGGGUGUUUGGGUUUGGAGAUGUGAAGGAGGCGUAUGGGUAUAUGAUGGGGCAGGGGCACCUUUCGAAGUCCAUUACAGCUUCAUCUGCCCCGGAGCACAGCAUACCUUCUCCGGAUGCAGUGUUGACUUGUUAA